UCCCGGUCCCCACCAAGGCCCCCCUUAGAGACCUGUGGGGCCCUGGCGGAGCCACCUGUCCGGCCGCCUUGUAUUUCAGCUCUGACCAGAGUGCCCGGUGGCUGCCGCCUCUGUCACCCCUCCACACGUCCUUGCAUCCACCCCACCCUGCACCCCACCUAACCGCCUAACCUUCCAUUUUCUCUGUUUCUAAAUGUCCUUCCUAAUCUGCGCUGUUUGUAGAAUGAGGGGGGUGGGUGUGGGUGUUGGCAGCGGAACGCUUGGAUUUCAUCUUAGGUCCUUUUAGCAAAUCUGGGUUUUGUUGGUACUAGAGUGCCCAGAAAUGGCCCGGCCAGGGGCACCUUUCUCUGGAACCCUGGAGGGCAGGGCCUCCUCCCUGUAGCAGGCUGCCUGCCUGGGAGUUUCAGUUUGAGUUCUUUCCCCUUGUGUCUUAGUUUUAAUUGUUUUGAAAGAGAACGUUAAGAAUGUUUUGCAAUAGUUUCCAUCCUCACACUGCAGGAGAGCCAGCUUGUCUUUAAGCUGGUCAGCGAAUAUCAGGGAGCAGAUGACACCAGCCUUGGGUGGCCUGAGCCUGGCGCCCUGCCUGCUCCCCCGCACCCGGGCGGGGGCAGCCAGGGGAAGGGGGUGCGAUGUGGGAAGAGGAUUCUGGGACCCUGGUUGCUAAGGGAACUGUCCUCAGUGGCCUCCUCGUGCCUGCCCCUCCCCGCCUCAGUCAGACGUGGGAGCCAGCGAGCUCUGACUGGGGAAAGUACCAGACCUUUGCUUCCGCAAGUCAGAGGCAAGCUUAACUCUACAUUUUCAAAGCGUACUGUCCCCAAAACAGGAUCACCAGGGAAAGCGUCUACCAGGUCACUGUUUGCUGGGAGAAGCUAUGGUCCAACUAGAGGGUUUCCCUCCUGGGGCCGUGUGUUGCUGGCACCGGACAGCGGAGCGGGGCUGAGUUCACAGAAAGACAGAUGCUGCCUGCUUACCAAAUUAAGUUUCGCGUUGUAUGACUUUCCUGCUACAGUUGCUCUUUAUUUUCAAGUUUCACCAUGUUUUGCAAUUAACGUUGCAAUUCAGAAUAAAAAAUCAGUUGAGACCUUUUUUUUUUUUUAACGAGAGAGGCUGGUUUUGUCUUAGAAAGAGGGCUGGGAGGUUUCUUUCAACUUGCUAUUGGAACAUAUUCCCAGGCAAAGAAAGGUUGUGUUUUACUCCAAGUAACAAAAGUAGCUGAAAUCAACUUUUUAGUGCUAGCCUAUGAAAAGUCCGGACAGAUGGUAGUCAAGUGAUGACCCCCACACCUGACUCAGAGGCAGAUCUCAGAAUCUUGCUGAGUAUUUCAAAGCAAAUCUGACCUUGAGACGGAAACUGAGAGUGUUCAUGUGGAUUUGCCUUAAAAACCUGACACUCCUAAGAGUGCUUGGCAGUGGCUGAAGGUGGUGAUGAGUCUAUCCCUGGCCUGGAUCUGGGGGUCUCACGGGAUUGCUGGCCACACUGUGUGAGUGGCUGCAGCAGAGGUGGCCUGGCCCCUGUGACUGGGGUCUCCUUUGCCUGGGGGGUGGGGAUGCCCUGGGUGGGCGGGUGCAGCGCCUCCCUGGCUUUCUGUCCUUCAUUUUCCUCUGUCCAGUCGGCGCUUGGUCUGGAGGAGGCUGAGGGCAGUGCUGUGCAGUGACAGAGGGGCAAACCCUGACAUUGACAGGCUCCAAGAGGAGCGUGCUGACCAAGAGGACUUGGAGGGACGUGGGCAUUUAGCUACAUACGCGGCAAGACCUGCCGGCAGAUUGCGGUGGUGAUGGAGGACACGCAUGAUGUUCGCCCGAGGGUUAAAGAGGAAGUGCGCCGAGGACGAGGAGGCGGCGCCCUCCUACAGCCGGCAGCGCCAGUCGCUCCUGGACAUGUCCCUGGUGAAGCUGCAGCUCUGCCACGCACUGGCGGAGCCCAGCCUGUGCCGCUCUGUCCUCAUCGCCAACACGGUCCGGCAGAUUCAGGAGGAGAUGACACAGGACGGGGCCUGGCGUGGGGCGGCACCCCAGACCACGGGGCGGGCGCCGCUCGACCGCCUGGUCUCCACGGACCUCCUUUGCCGCUCGGUGCGGGACGGGGCGGGAGACGGCCCGGCAGCACCGGCUCCGAGGGGCCUGCAGAGCAGCAUUUGGGAAGGGGACGGCCCCCUGGAAGACAAAGGAAGCUUUCAGAAGUCCCUCGAUCAGAUACUGGAGACGCUGGAGAGUAACACCCCCCUCUCCGUGGACGAGCUGUUCUCUGACGUGGACAGCUCCUACUGCAGCCUGGACGCCGUGCUGACCGGCGUGGUGGGCGGCGCUCAGUCGGGCCAGGACGGGCUGGAAGCCCUCGCCGCCAUGGCUGCCCCAGCCCCCAGCACCAGCUGCAAGUCGGACCUGGGUGAGCUGGACCACGUGGUGGGGAUCCUGGUGGAGACUUGAGCCGCGGCCAGCAAGGUGCAGAGCAGAGGGAGUUGUCAGGCCGUGCAGUCAGCUGGAGCCCUGGGUGUGGUGCCCGCUGCCCUGCAGCCGGGGUCAGCUCUGGUUUGCCUGUGUUUCGGAGAAUGACCGGCCACCCCCUCUGCCCCCAACCCCGGGGGGUGCCGAGCAGUCUCCUGCAGGCUGGUCGGCCCUCGUCCCUGGGCCUCGUCGCCGUGUCCUGCUCCAGCUCUGUGGAGGACGCACGCCUCCAGCUGCAGUCAGCCGUGUCCACCUUCAGCUGGGUGGAUUUUCUAAAAUUAUGUUUUAUAUGUUUUGGAUAAUGUUUUGUCUUAAGAUAUAUUUCUAAGCUUUUUAUACAUUUAUCACUUUAGAUUUUUUAGCUAUUUUCUUAAAAAUAUAUUUUUUCUAUGAAUGUUUGCUGCUGCUACAUUAGGAACUUACAACUCAACAGUUGCAGUUGGUGUAUUUCAUUUUUUUAAGCUUUAAGAAACACUGUUCUUUUUACAAGUGUCGCUGCCCUCCGAGUCGGCAGGGUACGGGCAUCGCAGUUUCCACUUCAGACUUGGGGGCGGUCCCUCCCCGUACGCGGUGCGCCCCUUAGAGCGCCGUCAGGGUCGAGGGCCUGGCUUGGUGGAGCCUCUGUCCUCGCGUGGUUAGAGGUCUGCCAUGCGAGCCAGAACUCCGUCAGACAUCAUUGCAGACUUCGGAGGGGUUUAUGUGCCUGUUUGUGAAUGUCUUUGGAGGCAAAGCUCAGGUAGUCCACCCUGAGGUGUCUCGGGUGCUGCAUCCUGAGGAUCUGGCUCCCGGGGCCCCUCCCAUGCGGUUUCCCCAGCACAGCUGACCUUCUCCUGGAAGAUGCCUCCCUCCCCCUGUGGCCCUCCCUCUGCGGGACUGUCCCAGCUGCUGGGCCGUGCGCAGGGAGGCCGCCGUGUGCCUGCCGCGGUGGGGUGGGCGUGGGUCUGUGUACCGCAGGACUGGAGAAUGUUCACGUGCGCUCUGUAAAACUGGUGCUGGAACAGAAUUUUAAGACUAAAUUUAAGUCUAGAACUAAAGAAAUCUGGACACGUCCGUUAUAGUCCCUCGAUCUUGAGGGCAGUCGACCGCAGGGAUGGCUGGGUAGUGCGUUCGCCCCGUGACCCCGCUGGGGGCACUGAGACCUUCCACAACUUCUAGAUCUUUUUCACUGGUUUACAAGUAAGACUGCCCUCUCCCCACCCCCACCCCACGCUUCCCAUUUCUCAUGCUUUUUCUCCCUUCUCUAGUCCUUAGCCGGAAAGGGUUGUUUUCUUUCAUGCAUUUCUUAGUAUCAGUGAUGUACAGCUCAUUUUAUUAAAAAGUUAUUCUACAAAGUGGA